GCCGCGCUGGCCGCAUUUAAAUUCAAGUUGUUCGCCUUGUGUUCGUGUGUGGGUUAAACUUAAUAAAUCGCCUGCGCAGCCGGUGCGGUGAAUAUUUUAAAUUAAGUGCAUUCCCGUUAACAACAAGUGCACAAGUGGCAGAAAUAUUUAUUUGAAAAGUGUUAAAGCCAAGAAAAUGCACACACGCAUACCAAUGCAGUCAAAAAGUUAAAGCGACGAUCAUUCAUUAUUGCUUCUCCCGCUUCUUCCACUGCUUGCGCGACGUGUUUCGCUUACCUGUCAAAAGGCGCGUGUGUUGGUGUGCGCGCUUGAAUAUCGCUCCCUCUCGCUUGCUCCCCCAUCGUUUGCGCAUGCAAAAAGGCAGCGGCAGCAGCAAGACCAACCAACAACAACAACGGCAACUUCGCGUGAGAGCUUUUAAGUCGAAGUUCUUGGCGUUGGCGUUGCCGUCGACGCCGGCCGAGGCAGCGACUGCGACUGCGGUUGGAGCAGCAAGAAACUCAUACAGAUAAAUCCUCAUAAAACCACAAUACGCAUACCCCAAGUCAUGGAUUAUAGCAGAAGAAAAAUCAAAGUGUGCUUAAUUAAAUUGGGUUUGGAUUUAUAAAAUAAGCUUCAAUUCUUUGGACCUUAAUUGCAUUACUUUCGUUAUGCUGUACAGUAAAACAUGGCAAAGUCGACACUUUAUGCUGCUGGGGUGACCUGUCUUGGCUUCGUUUGCUUCGCCUUGGCAUCUGUGGCCAUUGGCAUACCCAUUUGGGGCUACUACGAUAGUCGAUCGGGCGGCUAUGACUUCGAUCGAGGCUAUUUCGGACCGUUUAAGGUCUGCAAACAAUUGACAUAUAAUCGAGAGAAAUGCGGCAAUGAUGUAUCCAAGUUUAGGCUAAGCAAUGCAGUUUUUGUCAGUGGUCUCUUGGCCAUUGGCAGCUCAGCUGUGCUGGGCAUCUUUUGCAUUUUGUCGGUCAUUCAACAUGCGAUGAUCUCAUCCAGGGAGAAGGUGGUGAUGCCCUAUACAACUCUAGUGAUAGUGAAGUUAAUGCUGGCACUCCUGGGAGGUGUACUGGCCAUCAUAGCCACGGUAUUGUUUGCUCUGCAAAUUGAUGAGCAAGAACGCUUUGGCUUCAAGAUAUCACGGGGCAUUUCCUUUUACAUACAGAUUGUGGCAAUUGUUUUGACUGUUGCCCUGUUUGUGGCCGCCCUGUACGAUGUGAUCUAUUCACGCAGUCCUGGCGGAGAUCCAACCAUGGCACUGGAUGCUGCAUCUCCGGGUAGUGCCACCACAUUUAAUAAUCCUGGUUUUAAGGAGCCACGCAGUCGCAAUGGUGUUUCGGUGACGGAUGCCUCGGGGAAACCGUACAGUGGCAUUCGAAAUGGUGCCGGAACUGCGGGAAGUGUGGCCUCCAUGAGCACAACGGUGACCAGUGUGUCCAAUGGCUCUACACUCGAUUCGGUGACCCGUUCACCCUUGAGAUCGAGCCUUAAGAAACCCAGACCAAGGCCGGAUCCUACGCUGGGCAUUCAAAAUCCAGGCUAUUCCGGAUCCGGAAGUUCACCCCCUCCAAUGCGUCGCAAUGGCAGUGUGAAAAAGGUUCGAAUUCAGACUCACAGCACCGAGGUGUAAGGGGAUCAAUAUGGUUUCAAAUAAUUUAAAAAAUAAAAUAAGCAGCCAGCAAACGAUAAAAAAUA